UCGAGUUAUUUCAUCAGGCGCAUAACCCUAAUUGAUAGGAAACAGCCCCAAAUUUCUCUCUUUUACUAAAAUCACACAGCGCUAAUCUUCUUCUACAUCCGCUCAACCUCAAAUCUGCAACUUCGAACAAUUACAUGAUUUCCUUUUUGUAGUUUAAUGUUCUGUGUUUUUUUUAAUCUCAAUUUUGUAUCUGUGGAUUGGGCGUUUCUGCUGAAUAUUGGUGAUUGAGCUUGCAUACCACUCGUUUUCCUGCAAUAAGAUAGAACACAAAUUUUGCACAUUAAGUUUAACUAGCAUGGAAGACCAGAGGAGGCGUACCAUGGAAGCGCUAGAGCGCCGAUUUGCUCAAGCGAAGUCGGAGGUUCAGACACAGCAACAGAAGAGCAAGAAAAGGCCAGCUGAAGAUAAGAAACCAGUUUCUGUAUCUGUUGAAUCUUUGAAUGUAGAUUCACCGGCCGUUAAGCCCCUCUCUGUAUCGUCAUCUAAAAAAGGCAAAUUUUCUUUUCCAGGUCGUACUUUUAAAGAAGGUACAGAAUCAAAUGAGCCUGCCUACUUCAAUCUUUCUCACUCUGUUCAUGAAAACUUGCUACGAAGUGGUGUACAAGUUUCCGAUGGUAAAGCCACAGUUAAUGGGGUUUUACAUGAGCUUUUCCAACAUGGUGAUUCAGCUAAGAAAUACAUGCAGGGAUCCAAAAAUAUAAAAAUCGAGAAUACAAUGCUUCUUGAUAAUUUUGUCCAGAAAAAUGGCAGUUCAAGUUCUGGUCAUAUGAGAGCACUACAGCAUGGCUCAAAACGCUCUAAAAAACAUAUGUCCCUAAAGCAACAUAAGCGUAUUGGAACAUUUGAUUUGCUACAAGAAUUCCAUAACUUUGACAUCUUCAAGCCUAUGCAUGAGAAGUGGAAAGCCUAUGUGCAGAAGCUUCUUAAAAUUUCUGGGAAAGAACAGUUGGCUCAGUGCUUCCUUAAUGCCGACCUACAUGGUGCAAUCAUUUUAGUUGUUCAGUGUAAAACUGCAGCGUAUGUUGGGUUACACGGCAUCAUGGUUCGAGAAACCAAAGAAACAUUUGGAAUUGUUACAGAGGACAACAGAUUCAAAGUUGUGCCCAAAAAGUUUUCUGUUUUUAUGCUUGAAGCAGAUUGCUGGAAGAUUACACUACAUGGAGAUAAACUUGUAUCCAGAAACUUGGUUCCAUAAAUAUAAUGAAUGAAUUCCAUAUUAGUGUUUUUUUUUUAAUUUUAUGUUGAUUUUCAAAUUUUUGUGAUGAAAGAAUUCCAUUAUUCCAUAUUGGAGAAGAAACAAUGACAGAAUAAUGAAAAAUCCAUCAUCUCCUAAUCAAGUUUGAUGAUCUCAAACCCGAUUAGCGUGUUGGAGGAUCCUGUCGAGGCAGUCGCCGGCGACGUCCUGGGCCCACUUAUCGAACGUCUCAAAUUCUGCGAUGGAGCAUUCCUCUUUGCAGGUGUCGAUGUCGGUGCUGAAAGCGCUGACGUCGAAGUUGGCCUUGAUGAAGUCGCCGGUGGAGAUGCUCUUCACCGCCUUCUUCAUAGAAUCCGCCGCGCUCUCGUACACCUCCUUGCAGAGCUCCAGGCAAUCCCUCGCGGAGGCCACCGUCGCCGGGUCCUUGAGCUUCCCCUCCACCUCCGUCGCCACGAACUGCUCCACCUUGUUCGCGGCGGCGCUCAUGUGCGCUGUCAGGUAGUGGCUGUCCAUUGCCCCCUUGUUGAUGAUAUUGUUGCUCUCAGGGGCUUCGGCGGUCUCGUCGUAGGCGGGAGCCGGGGCUGGAGAGUCAGAGGCUGCGAAAGGGGGCUCGGCGAUGGAGUCAGCAGAGACGGGGAAGAAGGGAUCGAGGAUGGGCUCGGUGAUGUCUUCGUAACCCUCGAGGUCGUCGGCCGUCAUCGGCAUCUCGUCGUAGGCGGGAGCAGGGGCGGGAGAGCCGAAGUCGGCGAAGGGGGGCUCCGCGAUGGAGUCGACGAAGGCAGGGAAGGGGGGUUCGGCGAUGGAGUCGGCGGCAGCGGCGGAGCAUAGGGUAAGAAACAAUGCGGCGAUGGGCAUGAUGGAUGGUGCCAUGGUUUUUUCUCCUUACAGAAAUGGGGAUGGAUAUAAAAUCAGUGUUUUCAGUUUUGUGAAUGUGUAUUUAUAAUAUUCUUUUGGUAUGGAAAUUUUGGGUGGCCAUGCAAUAUUA